CUGGCAUCCUCUAUUUUCCCUGUUUCUCUUUGUUUAUACAUCGUACUGAGGUUCAGUGCUAUGGCGCUUUUCACACCAAAGGUUGCAAAUGUUGCGUUGGUACUGAUCUUGUUUAUGGUUGUUUUUCAAGAAGCUUCGGUCCGCAUCUCAGGGAAUGGCUGCUUCUAUGCUAAUGCAGCUCAUAGUCACAACAGAAAGGCACUGGCUGAUUUGAAGAAGAAUAAGGUGCUGAAUGACUCUCUGCAUGGAUCAACUGGUGCUGAGAACACACAAAAUCCUGUGGGUUGGGAGUUGAGAACUGUCCCUUCGGGUCCGGACCCAUUGCACCAGAAUGGACGUAGCCCAAAGAAGCCAAGGACUCCAUGAAUGUUAGUCUUACAUAUAUUACAGAAACAAAAGGGCUGGUUGGGUAGUUUUUGUUGGAGCUAGAAGAAACCAACCUUAGGGAUACAACUUUUUGUCUGACCAGGUAGAGAAACAAAGUUUCAUGGUCUAUAUAUGUACUGGUCUUCUGCUUUUGCAUUAGCUUAAUCUCUGUUGGGUGAGGACUAAGGCAAGUUUUUCCAUAUUGUGGUUUUGAUGUACAAAUGCAAAUCUAAGUGUUUGAAAACGGGGUAUGUAUGUUUAUGUUCUUCGUCAUUUUAAGGUGUUCAAAUUAAGCUUAAAAAUGGUUAGGUUCUUGAAGGAAAGAUGACAACAAGAAGCAAAACUACCCAGUAACAAUGGCAAUAAUUACAAAGUAAACAGAUGACAUCAUA